AUGUCCUCGUUUCAGUGUGCUGAUAAAGUUGGGUUGAUUGAAACGGAUGUCAUGAUGGCGGCUCCCAUGUCGUGGAGGAGGUUGGCGUACUCUGUGUACACACCGGCCCUCACCGGGGUUUUCACCCGAAUAUCAGACCGAUUGUUCCGCACACGGGAUCGGAGGAGAGGGUAAGAUACGACUGUUGUAGACGUGGAGAAAAAAAGAGAGACACUAGUUUUCUUCGUCAGACGUAAUGACAGCGCUAUCAUGUCUUGCGGUGCCAGCGACGUGUGCGUGCAGCCUGUCUUUACGUGCACAGUGUUUCCGUGAUUUUUUUCGUAAUGUCAUUUUGAUAGCGUGCGUCAAAUAUAAUUGAGUAAUUUUUUUCUGUUGCAAUCGUUGAUCUGAUUGUCAUUGCUGUUGCGUGCGAAUAGUUUCGUAAUGUUACAUGCUCAUGUCAAGGUUACAUAAUAAACAAACGUGCAAGUCAAGUUCAGGCAGUAGAUAUAAACUUUGCAAAACAUUCUCUGUAGGCUAGAUGUAGCGCGAUAUGAGACUUCCCUUCCAGUUUCUUUAGGCCUUAUCUGUGAAUUCGCCUCUUCCUCUCCUUGUGUUGUCAAGUCUCUGCAUGUAGAGUAAGAGUGACUCAAAUUCUCAGAAUGAGGAAAUAUCUGUUCUUUUUGUGAUUUCCUGAAAACCUGAUGGCAACAACUGCCAGAUGUCUGUCCACACCUGCAUAUAGUCUGCGUCAGUUUUACAUCAUCUUAAGUAACUAAUACCAUAGUAUCACACACACAUACACAGUCUCUGGCCAAGGCUUAGCUGUGAGUACCAAGGUCGGGGUUGUAGGCUGUCAUACAGGCGUGAGAUCAAUCCCAGGCGGUCAAAACUACUCCUCAUCCAGGGAUGCGUCCCAAAUGGCAUCCUAUUCCCUAUUUAGUGUACUGCUUUUGACCAAGGCAAGUAGUGCAUAGGGUGCCAUUUGGGACAACUUUAAGCUUUAUCUUCAUUCCCAUAACCUGAGGCGGCUAUCGUGACACCUAGACUAGCUAGGCUACAUGGGACUUUUAAUAAUGAUAAUAAUAAUACUUGGUAUUUAUAUAGUUGAUGCUUUUCAAGGACCAAUAUAGCACGCUCAUGGCCAUAGACAGAACACAGUUCAUGGCACCCUAGAGGCUUAAUUUGGCUACACAUGAUAUCACAUCUCUAUUCACUGCAGCUGAGAGACAGAUGAGGAGAGGGAGGCACUUGCAUGUAUUCAUGGUCAUAUUCAUUAGGGCACACCGUAGCGAAAGUGAAAAAACGAAAAUGAGCCUUUCGUAUUGGUGAAGUUCAAGUGGUCCCUCCAUGUUUCAGUCCGUUUUCUUCCGUUUGGUGCGUAAUGAUGGGAAUGAAUGACACAUCUGUCUGACUGUGGCUUAAAGGAGAGAUGGAAGAGAGGAGGGUUGUGUUGCCUGUUAGCUCUAAUCAGAAACCGUGUGAAUGGAAGGCACAUGAUCUCAAUUUACCUCCCGGACAAACACGUACAAUGGCAGCCACAUGUACUCACAACUAAAAUGGCUUGCCUCUAGCUGUCACCGGUAUGCCCCUAUUGCACAAACUAUUUUUUCAUCAAUUUCCCCAGCACAUGUCUCCGCUCUCUAAGAUCUAACCUCAUGAUAUUCCCACUGUUCUACAAAGAGUUAAUUUAGUGUGUUAUAUCUCUAAGACCCUGUAUUCCAGUGUACUUACACCCAUCCAACCUUUGCCCAGUGGUAAAACAGGGGUAUAGUAUUGUAUACUUAGCCUAUAUGGAUAGGACACAGUUGUUGGCCCACCAUAAUAAAGAUAAUACUUCAUAAGGAAAUCCCCCUUGCUCUUCCAUGAAAGGAUGGUUCAACCCGUAGGCUAUAUAGCUAUUGGUUCAAAACAGCAGUGGUGCCACAUCUCUAUGUGACUCUGCUGUUUGAUGUUUAUGUUGAUUGUUUUGUCUCAGAUGGGUUUGUGGGUUGAACCCACACUGUAAUUCCCUCCCUGCUAUUGUUCCUCCCUAACUCUCAACUCUCUGUCCUGAAUGAACCCUGGGGGUGCAUCCCAAAUGUCACGAUAUUCCCUGUACUACUUUUGACCAUGGCCCAUAGGGAAAAGGAUGACACUAUUACGUUAGCAUCGUCUAUCGACGAUGGUUGACAGCCAUUUCUUGAUGGUGUCAUCGUGGCGUGACAGACUAUGGUUAAGCCUAUUUGAUCUUGACUGGUGCCGCGCAGUAAAAAACAGUCUCGCAGGGCAGCACACAAGUAACAUUCAAAGUAAUUUGCCUAUUCCUAUUUGCUAUAGCCUAAUUUAAGAAAUACCUUAUAUAGCCUACAUAAUCAGGUGAGGAAUGUAGGCCAGACAGACAAAAGCAGUGCAAAAUGUCCAUUUAGAAAGUAGUUUGUCUGUCAGAUGCAUGGGUAUUAGGCUGUAGCUGUUAUAACGGACACUCCUUAACUAUCUUCUGGCUACCUGUGGAAAAAAAAGAGGCCUGUAUUCCCAUUUCUCUCCAUUUGAUAGGCUAUGAAUAUGACGGAAGGCUACGCUUCUUCGUUUUAUGUGUGGCUUUUUCCCGAUCAAACAAUGAAUGUAACGGAGUUCCAUCUCAAAGUUAUUUGAAUAGCCUAAAAACAUAAGGUAGCCUAGAGGACUAAUAAUGAACAAACAAUAUCAAUAGCCGGAAAAAUCCCUCAAUGCAAUUUUGAAAACCAAAUUGCCAAUAACCGAUCCUCCUACUAGGCCUAUCAUAAAAGACACGUUAGUUAUGAACAGUAGCUUAUUUCCCAAAUAUUCUAGCCUAUGAAGGUGUUGUCCUAGUUGUUGUGGCUUUAAAAAAUAACAAGAAUGAAAGUCUAUAGCCUAAGCCUAGGCUAUUCUCAAUCACAGGGAUAGUACAGACAAUAUUAUUUAUUUUUCUAUUUUAUUAGGCAAAUAAAGCAAUUAUUAUCCAGUUCUGAAGACGGUAGAUUGCUUCUAUCCAGCCCAUGAUGUAGGCCUAUAACCUAGCUCACUACGGUAAAUGGCCCAUUCCUCAUCACUGCUCCAUCAUGUGCGCGACACACACACAAACCUGUUCUGCUCCUCCAACAGAAAGAAAUAUUAGAGAAGAUUUGCCAUUGCCUGCACUUAGCCGCUGCCCAGGCUUUCAACAACGUUAUCUUUCGUCAUGAUUUGUCCAGUUGCAUUUGAUUUUGCGCUAUAGCCGAACUGUCGUUUUACAAAGAAAUCCAUUAUUUGGGGGGGGUGGCCUCAUAGGGGCGACAUCAUUAUGUCCCAAUGUUUUAUGGGUACAUAAUCACAAUAGGACAAAGGUUGACAUCACCCAACCCUAGUAUAGGGUGUCAUUUGGGGGACAGCCUCAGUGAAUGUCGGGGUGAGAAAUCUGUCAGGAGUCAAAUACAGGGAUAUUACUGCAUGUGGAAUGACCUCUGAGGGUCACAACCUUUACAGUAGGUUGGGUCCUCCCUUCUUUUGUCAGUCUGCUAGUUGCGUUUUAAAGACAAAGUCACAGACCGAGCAACAAUACAGCCAUACUGUCAUGAACCCUAGUGCUUGGCUGAGAAUCACAGGACCUGUGUGUGUUACUCAACAUUAGCUCUAGGGAUGGGGUUAGACACACAUACACCAGCAAUAUGACUGAGCCCUCUGUUGUAAGAGAUUUCAGUAAGUGUGAUAAAUCACAGUGAAAAUGAAGGAGGAGAAGGUGGGGGGUUGGAUGAGAGUUGUUUAUCAAUAGGAGGCAAUCACCACUCCAGCUGUAGACUCAUUUCUCUCUCCCUCUCUUUUUCCCUCCACGUCUCCCCACCCCCCUACCUCUCUCUCUUCCAGGUCAUCCGUGUUGCUCUUAGCCCCUCUCCUAGCGGCGGCAGACCCCUCUCCCCUUCCUGUCUUCAGGUCCCCUGGGUCGACCGGAGUUCAGGGCACCGAUGGCCUCCAUACCCGCUUCCGCUGGAUGGCAGAACACGUGCCCGCCUUCAGGGUGCCCGGCACACACAUCCACAUCCUCACAUCCCCUGACCAGUUCUACCAGACCAUGAAGGUAAGGUGUGGUGGUGGGGGGGGAGCUUUCUCUAAAUCAUGUGAUGUACUAAAAAUGGUGUAAUAAACAUUUCCCAAGAACAAAAAAUGAGGAAAGGAAAUAAUUGAUUGUUCCCUCCAACACAGUGUGCUCUUUAUACCACAGUGGCAUUCAACCAUACAGUGGGGAAAAAAAGUAUUUAGUCAGCCACCAAUUGUGCAAGUUCUCCCACUUAAAAAUAUGAGAGAGGCCUGUAAUUUUCAUCAUAGGUACACGUCAACUAUGACAGACAAAUUGAGAAAAAAAAAUCCAAAAGAUCACAUUGUAGGGUUUUUUAUGAAUUUAUUUGCAAAUUAUGGUGGAAAAUAAGUAUUUGGUCAAUAACAAAAGUUUCUCAAUACUUUGUUAUAUACCCUUUGUUGGCAAUGACACAGGUCAAACGUUUUCUGUAAGUCUUCACAAGGUUUUCACACACUGUUGCUGGUAUUUUGGCCCAUUCCUCCAUGCAGAUCUCCUCUAGAGCAGUGAUGUUUUGGGGCUGUCGCUGGGCAACACGAACUUUCAACUCCCUCCAAAGAUUUUCUAUGGGGUUGAGAUCUGGAUACUGGCUAGGCCACUCCAGGACCUUGAAAUGCUUCUUACGAAGCCACUCCUUCGUUGCCCGGGUGGUGUGUUUGGGAUCAUUGUCAUGCUGAAAGACCCAGCCACGUUUCAUCUUCAAUGCCCUUGCUGAUGGAAGGAGGUUUUCACUCAAAAUCUCACGAUACAUGGUCCCAUUCAUUCUUUCCUUUACACUGAUCAGUCGUCCUGGUCCCUUUGCAGAAAAACAGCCCCAAAGCAUGAUGUUUCCACCCCCAUGCUUCACAGUAGGUAUGGUGUUCUUUGGAUGCAACUGAGCAUUCUUUGUCCUCCAAACACGACGAGUUGAGUUUUUACCAAAAAGUUCUAUUUUGGUUUCAUCUGACCAUAUGACAUUCUCCCAAUCUUCUUCUGGAUCAUCCAAAUGCAUUCUAGCAAACUUCAGAUGGGCCUGGACAUGUACUGGCUUAAGCAGGGGGACACGUCUGGCACUGCAGGAUUUGAGUCCCUGGCGGCGUAGUGUGUUACUGAUGGUAGGCUUUGUUACUUUGGUCCCAGCUCUCUGCAGGUCAUUCACUAGGUCCCCCCGUGUGGUUCUGGGAUUUUUGCUCACCGUUCUUGUGAUCAUUUUGACCCCAUGGGGUGAGAUCUUGCGUGGAGCCCCAGAUCGAGGGAGAUUAUCAGUGGUCUUGUAUGUCUUCCAUUUCCUAAUAAUUGCUCCCACAGUUGAUUUCUUCAAACCAAGCUGCUUACCUAUUGCAGAUUCAGUCUUCCCAGCCUGGUGCAGGUCUACAAUUUUGUUUCUGGUGUCCUUUGACAGCUCUUUGGUCUUGGCCAUAGUGGAGUUUGGAGUGUGACUGUUUGAGGUUGUGGACAGGUGUCUUUUAUACUGAUAACAAGUUCAAACAGAUGCCAUUAAUACAGGUAACGAGUGGAGGACAGAGGAGCCUCUUAAAGAAGAAGUUACAGGUCUGUGAGAGCCAGAAAUCUUGCUUGUUUGUAGGUGACCAAAUACUUAUUUUCCACCAUAAUUUGCAAAUAAAUUCAUUAAAAAUCCUACAAUGCGAUUUUCUGGAGAAAAAAAUCUCAAUUUGUCUGUCAUAGUUGACGUGUACCUAUGAUGAAAAUUACAGGCCUCUCUCAUCUUUUUAAGUGGGAGAACUUGCACAAUUGGUGGCUGACUAAAUACUUAUUUUCCCCACUGUAUGUGUGUGUGUUUGUCUCUUUCCGUGGUUGACUAUUUGUUUGAGUUUGAAUUGCGUACAGGAUGUGUGUGUUUGUGAUAGACGGCUUGAGUCACCGGCAUCAACCCCCUCGGGCACAGCAAACAGAAAGCUGUUUAUUUGGCUGUGUUGGAACAUUAGGAAACAGUGCAUGUGACUCACCUGAUUGAGAAAUAAUGACUAGGCUGGAAGAAGAUCAGACUACGUGUGUGUGUUUGAGGUCUUUGGAUUUUUUUGGGAGGGAGUUCAAGCCCCCUGAUGAAGCCCUCUAGUUUGUGUCCUGUAAUGCCUGAAUUUACUGUAAUUUAUUUUUCUGUUCAGGCUCGUAUAAAGACAGCUAAAAGGCGAGUGGUGAUGGCCUCACUGUAUCUGGGUACAGGGCCACUGGAACAGGAGCUGGUGGACUGUAUGCAGGAAGCUCUGGAGCGUUCACAGGAUGAGGGUGACAACCCCGACCUGCAGGUCUCCAUUCUACUUGACUACACACGUGGCUCAAGAGGUGUGUGUGCGUGUGUGAGAGUGCCAUAUUACUCUUACCAAGUUGUGUGUCUGUCUGUAACCCUUCUGUCUCUGUGUGUCUAGGUAAGACUAAUUCUAGGACCAUGUUGCUGCCGUUGCUGCAGCAGUACAGCAGUCAGAUGCGUGUAUCUCUGUACCAUACCCCUGACCUGAGAGGGCUGCUCCGGCUCCUGGUCCCACAGCGCUUCAACGAGACCAUCGGGGUACAGCACAUCAAAGCUUACCUGUUUGAUGACGACCUCAUCAUCAGCGGGUACGCGCACGAACACACACACACACACAGUUGGUGUUUUUCUCAUACAGUAGCUGUUGCUGAUGUUUAUUGGUUUCUCUCUUUCGACCAUUUCCCUCUCUCUCUUCCUCUGUCCUCCUAUCUCCCCCCUCCCUCCCUCCACAGGGCCAACCUGAGUGACUCGUACUUCACAAACAGACAGGACCGCUACGUGCUGCUGGAGAACUGUGGGGAGGUGGCCGACUUCUUCUCUGAUCUGGUGGGCGCCGUGGGAGACGUGUCGUUACAGCUACAGACCGACAACUCUGUGAGCAUGAUGUACGGCAUGGUGCACCCCUACAGAGGUAUAAAACGCACACGUAACACAGACCCUAAGUGCGUGACUCGUUGCUCAGUUCUGCCUGUACACUCUCAUUAUGUAGUGUAAUGUGUUGUUCUUGGAAAGGUUAAUGGAAUCGGAUUAGCUGCAAAUGUAGCCUGUUCCAGUUCAGACACACAGUGAAAUCAGCGAACUGGCGUGUGUGUGAAUGAGAGAGUGGGAGGCAGGAGAGUGAGGGAGAGAGCUGAAUGACAUGUCUGCAGAACCGGACUGCAGUUGGCACGGAGACCAGAAAUAGAGCAGUGAUGUCAGAGUUGCUGGUAAGCAAUACCGAGUGGGAAGAUCACACACACAUUAUAAUCAUUAGUGAAUGAAGUUCCCCAGCUGAAACAGUGUUAACUUUACAGUAAAAGCACGUCUUUAGAAUGAACUCAAAUGCUGAGCCUACAGCUCUCUCUCUCUCUCUCUCUCUCUCUCUCUCUCUCGUGUCAUGUCUGUGCGUGGACCCAGCCGCCAGGCGUAGUCCAGAUAUUGACCCACAGCCGUCAUGCCCAGAACUAAAUGACCUACUGUACUUUACACACUCCCCUGCUCUACUGCACACUGUGUGUGUGAGAUCUCUCAUUCAACGUUUGCUGAGGUGUAUGGUUAAAGCUAGAAUCCUUAAUUGAAACAAUAAGAAAGGGGUCACCCCGCCUGUGUUUUGGUAAAAAGCUUAUGGAUGGGCCUGGAGAAUGUUAGCACCCUUACAUUUAUAGACAUCGCUGUGGUUGCAAGGACUGACCAUGAAAUCGACAUUAUAAUUUUAACCAUGUUUUUUGUUAAACUAAGCUCAUGAGGCAUUUAUACGUUUUAUAUUCUUCAUGAAUUAAUUGGUGUAUAUAUCAUUAAUUUAAAGUCCUAAAAUGGAUUCUAGCUUUAACCAGAUCGGUCUGUUUCCUCUCCUCUUACCAUCCCUACAUUCUUUUGUCACUAGGCAACAGGGAUGAUUUCUCGGCGUCGGCUCGGCAACACAUCAUGGAGGUGGUCAACACUGCUCGCACGCGGCAACACAUUGCAGAAUCAGAACGUUUGGAGCGGGAGAGCGAGGGGGAGGAAGGAGGGAAGGAGGAUACAUGGGUUUUUCCUCUAAUUCAGAUGAAACCUCUGGGAAUACAGGUGGAUGAGCAGAUCACACAGGUGGGUACACACAAACAUGCACCCGGACACCACUACCCUCACCAACUAAUAUUGGACAAACAACUUCCAUUGCACAUGAUGUUACCUUGUAACAUUGUUUUUGUAUUUUUUGUUCCUGUGUGACUUAAAAAUGUAAAUAUGGGCGCUACAUCUCAACUUAUUUCCUUGCAGCGGUUGCUGACAGACGCAGGUCCCGGUGCGACGGUGUUUCUAACAUCGGGGUAUUUCAACCUGACCAGGGCCUACAUGUCGCUGGUUCUCGGGCUGGGCGCUGACUACCGGAUCCUCACCGCCUCCCCGGAGGUCAAUGGGUUUUUCGGCGCCAAGGGCAUUGCCGGAGAGAUCCCAGCGGCCUACAUCCACAUUGCCAGACAGUUCUACAGCAAAGUGUGUCAUCUGGGACAGCAUGAGAGGGUUCACCUCCACGAGUACCACAGAGCACAAUGGACCUUCCACGCCAAGGGUGGGUGACACGCACACACAGAGUACAGAGAAAGUAGGCUACACACACACAAUAUAUAAUCCUUGGCCUGAGAGCCUAGAUUGAUUCUAAUUGGUUCUACUCCAUUGUGAUUAGUUCUGUUUGGCUGUGAGUUAUGCCCGGUAGUGAUGUGAAUUUUGUUGCUAUGACGUUCCACGGUCAGAUGGUGAGCUGCUAGGAAGCAGUGUGCAUCCUAAAUGGCACCCUAUUUCCUAUAUAGUGCACUACAUUUUUCACCAGAGCCCUAUGGGCCCUGGUCAAAAGUAGUAUACUAUUUAGGGAAUAGGGUGCCCUUUGGGACUGGCACAGAGUGUCUAUUCCAGCCUGACAGACAGAUUAGCUGGACCACGUUCUUCUGUUCUGUUCUCUGGCUCUGCUGUUCUGUCCCUGUGGUAACCUAGAUAUGUUGCGGGAGAGACAACGGCUUGUCAAGUCAUUCACCCUUAGCCCCGGGCCAAGGAAACACACACACGCACGCGCACACACACACACACACACACACACACAGUCAUUCCUUGGUUUGGCUAGACUUUGGGGGUUUCUGUGCUUUAGUGUUUUCUUUAUAGUUGUGGGCAUGGCCAACGGAAACCAAAAUCCCCAUUUUGAAACAGCUUAUAAACAAUGCUCUGACAAAUGAUAUCUAAACUACUGCCAACCUGCACUUUUCUUUCGCUGAUACUUAUAGAAUCAAAAGGCAAUGUGUCCAAAAUAAAGAAUAUUCAACUUUAACUGAAAUGUUAGAGAUGCAUUAGUAGCUAGGUAAGUUGUUUAUUUUUAUUCAAAAGACCAAAGUCUUGUAAAAUGUAGCCAGAGAGAGAGCUGGGGAGAGGGAGUGGGAAAUGAAAACAGUGAAGAGAAGUCCCUUUUAUUAGAUGAAGCAGGGCGGGCCGGCGCUUUCCCGUAAGCACAGCAAGCACUGCAGGAGCGAGAACAGUGGGGGAGAACACACACAGCACCCAGCUGGGGAGCGAAUCAAUGAACAUUAGAGUAGAGCACACCCUGACCCCCAGCUGCAGAACAAACCACUGAUGUGGGGAAACUGUUCCCCUUUUCCCUCCGUCUUGUCUUCCUCCACCUGUGUGUGUGUGUGUGUGUAGGGUUGUGGUACUACCUGCGGGGGCAGGUGCGGCCAUGCCUGACACUGAUUGGGUCUCCUAACUUUGGCUAUCGAUCUGUGCACCGGGACCUGGAGGCCCAAAUCGCCAUAGUAACAGAGAACCAGGAACUACAGGCCCAGCUGCAGGAGGUAGGCCAUUCAAACCGACAACUUUAUUUAAACAGACUUGAUGGCUCAAUACUGUGGCUCUGCUUUAUACAGCUCUCAACCAAAGGCCUGUCUACAAAAUUCAACUGGUCUGAUAGUUCCUAGUAUAAUAAGCUAUGCUGAGCUGGCAUAUGCAACACAGACUGAGAUUGAGCUAGGAGGGAAACCUGUUCAGGAACUUGUACUAAAUGUCUAUGUGAGACAAUGGAAGCUUCGCUACGUCUCUAUCGCUGUCUCUCUCACACACGUGUACACACACUCUCAUACACACACAGGAGCAGGAGAUGUUGUACCAGAGGUCUACAGAGGUGUCCAGCUCUACGUUCCAGCAGCCAGACCGCCACGUCAAACUGUGGGUCAAACUGGUUACUCCCCUCAUCAAGAACUUCUUCUGAGACGCAUCCUAACACAGGUAACACGCACAGACAAGAGCGCACAGGCGCGCACACAGUGUACUAAUCCAACACAGGUACCACACCCACAUACUCCCACUGAACGAUCAUCUCUUAGUCACGCACAGAAGUACAGACCCUGUCAGUCCAGAAUGGCAGAAUGUCAUCAGUCACUGCUGUUUGUACCAGCCCUCAACCCAAACUCCAAUCCUAGCUUCAAUCUAGCCCUGCCCUAGGCCACAUCAACCUCAGAAACUAAACCCAGCAACCCUUGCUUGAAUCCUACCCCUACCACACAGACCUUUAUCCAUUAUACAUGUAGAGGAAGCUCCCUCCUCAAUGUCCCGUCUCUCUGAGAGAAACUUGACCACUCAGCUGAGUGCAUCAAGAUUUUGCAGUCAGCAUCUGGACCAAUUCAGCUGUGAGUGAGAGAAAGGAAUGUGAGUUUCUCCUCCCUCUAGUUAAAUCCCCUCUCAUUUUGGAAUUGUGGUGAUGAUUUGACAGAUAGCGUAUGCAGUGGGGUCAGAGGGAGGCUAAGAGGGUGACCUGAUGUGUGUGUGUUCUAACAGGGAUGUAGAAUUGCCUAGUAGGAAGUGCUGAGUUAAAUUUUUUAUGGUGACUGUAAAUGGUGAAUGGGAGGUGUCUCGUGUAACCACAACAUGUCACUCAGUGAGACAAAGUGUCAGUGUGUCUGAUCAGCUGCCAUGAGGGAACAAUGAUGGAUGGGGCCCACACAUUCCUCCUCACACUCUCAAAACUGACACCACAAGCAUGCUAGUACAUGAAGAAAAAUGCUAUAGAGUUUGUUUUUGUUACUCUACAAUCAGUUCUGGUAAAUGAUAAGAAUUUAGAAAUGGAAAUUGAAACACACAUAGUGCACCUCACUCACUCACUCACUCUCACUGAGCAUGUGAGGUGGGAUCAGGGUCACUAAAGGUAAUUGACCUUUGAACGACCUUGUCCGCGAAACAGCGUUAUCUAUGGACAUCCGAUAUUUUUAGAAUAUAUAUUGUAUCCAGUGCUUAAUUUGAGGAACAGGAUCCGGCACCUCUCAGAUUUGUCUUAGUUCGUUCCGGCACCUAUUUUCCUGGAUCCAGUACCUUACGCCGCAUGAAUUAUUGUUUCACUGUGGGCACUGUAAACAUUCUAAUAAAAGCGAUCAGAGUGAAAUUAAAUUGCCUCCUCGUUAUUUCUCCCGCCCCCCCAGAAAACCAUAAUGUAAAAGCACAGGGAUCUUUCUGUAUUAUCAUCCUAUCCUGCCACACUGAUUCCAGAUCUGCUGUCUUAUUUGUACAUAGAUGUUAUGGGGAGGGCUGGUGGGGUAAGUAACUGAUCUUGAUACAGGUCUUGGUAGUGGUGGUCAGCUAGUGAAAAGGUCCCUACGUAAACACGUCAUGUAGCCUAGGCUAGUCGUCUCCCUACUGAAUUUAAAACAUGAGAAAUCCCAAAAAAUAAUUGAUAAGAUAAGGCAAUAGUUUGUUUUUCAAAUCCCAAAGUCCAGAGAAAGAAGGCGAAUCGAACACGAAACGAGCCAGAGAACUGUCAGUGCCGGAGGAGAGGAGUGAGGGGCAAACUCCUCCUGAUGGCAAUGCCUUAGCUAGCAGCGCUGCUAAUCCCGCCAGUUCAGCAUCACCACCGGCACCUCCACUAGCUAGUAGGCCUACUAGCAAGUCAGACUCGACUGGAGAGGGAGACGGGGAGCCGGGUGGGACAGUGCAUCCACCGACGAAGUGCUCGGAGCAGGUGCAAUUUGGACGGAAGCUCAGUUCAAGAACAAACCCGCAUAAACCCUGGUUUGUCAUGCAAAAUUCUAAGCUGGGCUGUACAACAUGCAAAAAGGUAGGGAGCAUGGGUCUAGAAAAGACUGGAGGGAUUAAACUAGCAAAAGAGUGGGUGGAAUGUACAGGAAUGUCCACUGCCUCCAUGAAAUUAAAAACCACAACAAAGAGCCCUCAGAAAAAAAGGUUUUUGAACAUGCCCGAACCACAGCACAUUUAGUGGUAGCAAGCAUUGUUGACGAGGCUAGAGGACACCCAGGUUAUAGUUAACACUCAUGGAGGCUAACUGUCACAGCCACAUGGCUUUAAGCAAGAAAUUGACUGUCAGGAGUUAAAUGGACUUGACAUGGGAAGAGUCAUUAUGGGACGUUUUGAUAUCUUAAAUUACACUGAACAAAAAUAUAAUACAACAUGUAAAGUGUUGGUCCCAUGUUUCAUGAGCUGAAAUAGAAGAUCCCCAGAAAUGUUUGCAUAUGCACAAAAAGCUUAUUUCUCUCAAAUGUUGUGCACAAAUUUGUUUACAUCCCUGUUAGUGAGCAUUUCUCCUUUGCCAAGAUAAUCCAUCCACCUGACAGGUGUGCCAUAUCAAGAAGCUGAUUAAACAGCAUGAUCAUUACACAGGUGCAAUUUUGUCACAACACAAUGCCACAGAUGUGUCAAGUUUUGAGGGAGCGUGCAAUUGGCAUGCUGACUGCAGGAAUGUCCACCAGAGCUGUUGCCAGAGAAUGUAAUGUUAAUUUCUCUACCAAAAGCCGCCUCCACUGUCGUUUUAGAGAAUUUGGCAGUAAGUCCAACAUGCCUCACAACCGCAGACCAUGUGUAUCCAUGCUAGCCCAAGACCUCCACAUCGAGCUUCUUCACCUGCAGAAUCGUCUGAGACCAGCCACCCGAUGAAACUGUGGGUUUUCGCAACAGAAGAAUUUAUGCACAAACUGUCAGAAACCGUCUCAGGGAAGCUCAUCUGCAUGCGCGUCGUCCUCACCAGGGUCUUGAACUGACUGCAGUUCGGCGUCAUAAUUGACUUCAGUGGGUAAAUGCUCACCUUCGAUGGCCACUGGCACACUGGAGUAGUGUGCUCUUCACGGAUGAAUCCCGGUUUCAAAUGUACCAGGCAGAUGGCAGACCGCGUGUAUGGUGUCGUGGGCGAGUGGUUUGCUGACGUAAACGUUGUGAACAGUGCCCCAUAUAUUUGUCAUUUAGCAGACGCUCUUAUCCAGAGCGACUUGCAGUUAGUGAGUGCAUACAUUUUUUCAUACUGGCCCCCUGUGAGAAUCGAACCCACAACCCUGGUGUUGCAAACGCCAUGCUCUACCAACUGAGCUACACAGGACCAUGGUGGGGAUAUGGUAUAGGCAGGCAUAAGCUACGGACAACGAACACAAUUGCAAUUUAUCGAUGGAUAUUUGAAUGCACAGAGAUACAGUGACGAGAUACUUUGGCCCACUGUCGUGCCAUACAUCCGCCACCAUCACCUCAUGUUUCAGCAUGAUAAUGCACGGCCCAAUGUCGCAAGGAUCUUUACACAAUUCCUGGAAGCUGAAAUGUCCCAGUUCUUGCAUGGCCUGCAUACUCACCUGACAUGUCACACAUUGAGCAUGUUUGGGAUGCUCUGGAUUGACGUGUACGACAGCGCGUUCCAGUUCCUGCCAAUAUCUAGUGACUUCGCACAGCCAUUGACGAGGAGGGGGCCAACAUUCCACAGGCCACAAUCAAACAGCCUGAUCAACGUUAUGCAAAGGAGAUGUGUUGCACUGCAUGAGGCAAAUGGUGGUCACACCAGAUACAUACUGAUUUUCUGAUCCACACCCCUGCCUUUUUAUUUUAAGGUGUCUGUGACCGUUUGCCAAAAGGCACCUAAAGGACUCUCCAGACCAUGAGAAACAAGAUUCUCUGGUCUGAUGAAGCCAAGAUUGAACUAUUUGGCCUGAAUGCCAAGCGUCACGUCUGGAGGAAACCUGGCACCAUCCCUACGAUGAAGCAUGGUGGCGGCAGCAUCAUGCUAUGGGGAUGUUUUUCAGCGGCAGGGACUGGGAGACUAGUCGGGAUCAAGGGAAAGAUGAACGGAGAAAAGUACAGAGAGAUCCUUGAUGAAACCUGCUCCAGAGUGAUCAGGACCUCAGACUGGGGUGAAGGUUCACCUUCCAACAGGACAACGACCCUAAGCACACAGCCAAGACCACGCAGGAGUGGCUUCGGGACAAGUCUCUGAAUGUCCUUGAGUGGCCCAGCCAGAGCCCAGACUUGAACCUGAUCGAACAUCUCUGGAGAGACCUGAAAAUAGCUGUGCAGCGACGCUCCCCAUCCAACCUGACAGAGCUUGAGAGGAUCUGCAGAGAAGAAUGGGACAAACUCCCCAAAUACAGGUGUGCCAAGCUUGUAGCAUCAUACCCAAGAAGACUCGAGGCUGUAAUCACGGCCAAAGGUGCUUCAACAAAGUACUGAGUUAAGGGUCUGAAUACUUUUUUAAAUUACAUUUGCAAACAUUUCUAAACUGUUUUUGCUUUGUCAUUAUGGGGUAUUGUGUGGAGAUGAGGGGGGAAAUCCAUUUUAGAAUACGGCUGUAACGUAACAAAGUGUGAAAAAAGUGAAGGGGUCUGAAUACUUUCUGAAUGCACUGUAUGCAUAUGGCAGGUGUUCUGCAUUGACAUCAAAGUGUUGGUGUAAGAAAUUCGGACUUGUGUAUGCCCCACUGCUAUACUCGAGUAUGUGGGCAUAAUAUAGGCUAUGGGUCAGUUUCAAGAUGGCGCCAAUAGACAUGGCCACCCUGUUUCUAGCUCCUACACAACUUUGCAGUAUUUUUUUAUUUUAUUGGUUAUUUCUCACAUUAUUAGCCCAAAACGUUUUUGGGAUAUCGGAGCGGUGGUAACUCUCACCAGCAUUUCAACCAGAUGCAAGCACUACACCCGCAAUAACAUCUGCUAAAUAUGUCAAUGCGACCAAUCAAAUUGUUUUUUAUUUUAUGCAAAGUGUGGGUGUUUUGCAGUGAUGUCUUGUAGCACGCUGUCAAUUUCACCACCAUAGUCUUCUACUUGACUGUUUACUCUGCCUGCUGCGCUGCUACGUUGUGUUUGUGACUUUUCUUCUCAUGAGACCCCCGUAUAACCCCGCCCCCUCGGAUAACCCCGCCCCUCUUGCGCUCAUUAUGUGAUCCGGGACCUCCAGAUUUACAAAUUAGCACUGAUCGUAUCGUUGGAACAACAUCGCAAUAUUAUUGUUGGCUGUACUUGCACCAAAACUGCAGUAUUUUUCCUUCAUAGCUUGUUCUCCAUCUUCUUUGUUAACAGGGAGACAAUUUUGUUUUCAUCACUUUUAUUUUCGUAACUGAUCAAAACUUAUUUUCUCAUGGCUCUCUUGUCCUGCUACAGCAGACAAUUGGUUUGGAACAUCGAAUCGCAGUAAAAUCACAGUAUGGACUUGUAAUACAUAUAAAAUCAUGAGAAUUGCAAUACAUAUCGCGUCGGCACCAAAGUACCAUGAUAAAAUUGUAUUGUGAGGUCCCUGGCAAUUCCCAACACCACUGUGGUAUCCGGUAAUGUGCCUUCAGAAAGUAUUCAUACCCCUUGACUUUUGUCUUACAGACUGAAUUCAAAGUGGAUUAAAUAAUUUGUUUUUUGUCACCCAUCUACACACAUUACCCUAUAAUGACAAUGUGAAAUCAUGUUUUUAGAAGUGUUUGCAAAUGUAUUAAAUAAAAUGCAGGAAUCUCUUUUACAUAACUAUUCACACCCCUGAGUCAAUACUUUGUAGAAGCACCUUUUGGCAGAGAUUUUAGAGCUGUGAGUCUUUCUGGGUAAGUCUCUUAAAAUGAGCUUUCCAGACCUGGAUUGUGCAACAUUUGCCUUAAAAAAAAAAAAAAAAAAUGCUUCAAGUUGUCAAAUUGGUUGUUGAUCAUUGCUAGACAACAAUUUUCAGGUCUUGCCAUAGAUUUUCAAGUAGAUUUAAGUCAAAACUGUAACUCUUGGUAAGCAACUCCAAUGUAGAUUUGGCCUUGUGUUUUAGGUUAUUGUCCUGCAGAAAGGUGAAUUUAAUCGCCCAGUGUCUGUUAGAAAGCAGACUGAACCAGGUUUUCCUCUAGGAUUUUUGCCUGUGCUUAGCUCCGUUCCGUUAAUUUUUUUAUCCUGACAAACUCACCAGUCCUUAACGAUUACAAGCAUACUCAUAACAUGAUGCAGCCACCACUAUGCUUGAAAAUAUGGGGAGUGGUACUCUGUGUUGUAUUUGAUUUAGCAGAAAACAACUUUUUGUCUUGAAAAUAAAGUGUUAAUUUCUUUGCCAUUUAUUUUGCAGUAUUACCUUGUUAUUAUUGGAAUAUUUUUAUUCUGUACAGGCUUCCUUUUUACUCUGUCAAUUAGGUUAGUAUUGUGAAGUAACUACGUUGUUGAUCCAUCCUCAGUUUUCUCCUAUCACAGCCAUUAAACUCUGUAACUGUUUUAAAGUCACCAUUGGCCUCAUGGUGAAAUCCCUGAGCGGUUUUCUUCCUCUCUGGCAACUGAGUUAGGAAGGAUGCCUGUAUCUUUGUAGUGACUGGGUGUAGUGAUGCGCCAUCCAAAGUGUAAUGAGUAACUUCACCAUUCUCAAAGGGAUAUUCAAUGUAUUUUCUUCUUUGUCUUCUACCAAUGGGUGCCCUUCUUUGCGAGGCAUCGGAAAACCUCCCUGGUCUUUGUGGUUGAAUCUGUGUUCGAAAUUCAAUGCUCGACUGAGGGACCUUACAAUUAGCUAUAUGUGUGGGGUACAGAGAUGAGGAAGAUAUUCAAAAAUCCUGUUAAACACUUAUUGCACACAGUGAGUCCACACAACUUAUUAUGUGACUUGUUAAGCAAAUGUUUACUCCUGAACUUAUUUAGGCCAUAACAAUGGGGUUGAAUACUUAUUGACUCAAGACAUCAAAAACAAUAAUUAUAUUUCGACAUUAUGGGGUAUUGUGUGUAGGCUAGUGACAAAUCUCAAUUUAAUCUAUUUUAAAUUCAGGAUGUAACAACAAUGUGGAUAAAUUCAAGGGGUGUGAAUACUUUCUGAAUGCACUGUAAGUCUGUGGUUGUAGUUUAAGUACUUAGCUGAUAUCUGGUGAUCUGGCAGAGUAAAAAAACAAGCCUAGCUCUAACAAUAGCUGAGGGGUUAAAGAUAGAUUUUCUUAUAUACAGGAGUUCUAUUGUUACACUGUGCUAACAGUAGGCUGGAAGCUCGCCAAUAAACAAACCUCACCUUAUCACUGAGGUGUGUGUAUGCGUGCAGGCAGGUGUGUACUGUACUGUGCCUCUGUGUGUACUAGCUGGUAGAGGUUGGAGCUUCCUAGGAACAGUGAGAAAGCUGUACUGUGAUACAUCUUUCUCCCACACACAUCCUUCUCCCACACGUCCUCUUACCUCACUGAUAGCUGUAUUCAGCAUCACAUCCCUCCAACAGACAUGGAUGACAGGAAUCUUUUAUAUCGUAGUUUUUUUUAGCAACAUUGAUGUUUUUGUUUUAUUUAAUAAAGUAUUUCAGAUGAAAGUGCUCUGAGUCUGUUUUUGUGUUUCUCUCUCCUCUCUGUUAAACGCUGAGCAGGAAGCAGACUGCGGCCAAUACCCACUUGGCAGGCUUCUCCUUGGUCUUGAGGUUGAAAGUCCAGAUGAAGGUGGGGCCCCUCAUACGGGUCUUGUAGACGGGACACUCGUUGUACACAUUCUUGGUCUCCUGAUGGUCCACCGGUACAGCCUUGAUGAAGAUCACCGGCAUGUUGGGGGUCAGCUCCUUCAGACGAGUGUCUGCUAUCAUCCCUGACUGGGUGUCCCAGCGCACCCCUGCACCCACAUGCACACAACCAGACACACACACAAACACCGUAUAAAGGAUUGAACGUAGUAACAUCUGUCGUCACUCCAACCCCUGUGACUGACUCUCUUCAUCGCCACGUGUGUUUGUGUAUAUCUACAGUACUGUAUAAACGGACCACUUAGUUUACCAAUGCCUGAGAUCUAGCACUGAGUUUUUACUGCUGUGUGUUUUCAUUGAACUACAAACAUUUACCAUGUAUAGACCAGCAGGAGGAACUUAAACAUGUUUUGUACAGUCAAUAAACUCUCAGUAGUUCUAUAUUGACAGAGUGAAAUCUGGUACAUGAUGAGUGAAGAGUCUGUGUGACGGUAAAUAGCCAGGUGUGGUUCUGAAGGUAAAUAUACAAGUGUGAAGGUGACUAGAUAGGUGUG